AAGUAAAAACUGUAGAAGAUUGGAGGAGACCAACUUUCAGCAACUUCAGCUGUGGACUGCGGAAGAUAUUAAACAAUUUUGUGGAUCAUACCACUUACAUCUCGCAAGAUCUUACACAGCAGAUAUUUUUGCUUGCGGCAAAUAUUAAUUUCAAAGCAAGGACAGCUACCAACCAAACUUUUUGGAUCAUGCAAUACAUGUUGUUGAUCCAGUUUUUUUGAAAUGCAGGUUAUUGACAAGACACAAAUCGCUAAAGAUCUACAAUGUGUUUAUAUUAAUUGAUCUUAAUAAACGAACAAUGUCAUCGGUGGCCACCUGUUAUGUAGGUACGUGCAUGAAUGGAGCCAGAACAAUUGGGCACCGUGAACACGCGAUCGUCAUCAUAUGGUACCUAGGUUUCAGCCGUUAUGCAGGAUUCAAGGCACUGGCAGAAUAUUUGAAUUGGCACUAUCACCAGAUCAAACCUCGCUUAGAGGACACAUCCAAGGAUGAUUCUGACGACGAAUGUGGGAAUUCAUCCCAAUAGUGGACAUUGAUUGUGAAUUAAUCAUAUCACCAGUGAAACAAGUACCCAUCCGCGGUGAAGUAAACUUAUUGAAAUUUUUUAAUCGUGUUGUCAAUGAAGCCUUGGGAAUUAGAGCAGAUAUGCUGCAAGAAACUGUUCUGGAAUCUGUUUUAGAUAGUUGUCAUCGACUGUCACACUCAAAACACACAAAUGAAUAUGAAAAAUUAUUAAAUAAUUUAAGUUCUUUCAUCAAUAAAAGUGAAUCAUUUUCUGAGAAUAACUCAACAUUAAUUGAUUUAACAUUGUGGUCAAUUAUUUCAAGGCGAAGAAAACUUAGUUUGCCCACUGGUCUUAAAGAUUGGUAUGAUGGAGUCACUAACUUCCUUGGAGUCAAAUUUUAAUUUGUUUUGGAGACUUUGUGAAAAACUAAAAUUAAUAAUACUGAAAUGCCUGAUUUUCGCUACUGAAAUUAAUUUGUGGUGAAAUUAAAGGAAUAUUUAGAUAA